AUGGCUGACUCUGCACCACUCCUCUCCCGGGACUGGGACCCCGCGGCCGCAGAAGCCUUGCUUCGGGACGUGUUUGGGAUUGUUGUAGAGGAAGUCGUUUGGAAAGGGACCAGUGCCUCUGAGAAGGUCUGUGAGUGGAAGGAGCCGGAGGAGCUGAGGCAGCUGCUGGACCUGGAGCUGCGGAGCCAGGGGGAGUCGAAGGAGCAGAUCCUGGCGCGGUGCCGGGCCGUGAUCCGCUACAGCGUGAAGACCUGUCACCCUCACUUCUUCAACCAGCUCUUCUCAGGCUUGGAUCCCCAUGCUCUGGCCGGGCGUAUUGUCACCGAGAGCCUCAACACCAGCCAGUACACGUAUGAAAUCGCCCCCGUGUUUGUCCUCAUGGAAGAAGAGGUGCUGAAAAAGCUCCGGGCGCUGGUGGGCUGGAGCUCUGGGGAUGGGGUCUUCUGCCCUGGCGGCUCUAUCUCCAACAUGUAUGCCGUGAACCUGGCCCGCUACCAGCGCUAUCCCGACUGCAAGCAGAGGGGCGUCCGGGCACUGCCACCCCUGGCCCUCUUCACAACGAAGGAGUGUCACUACUCCUUCAAAAAAGGAGCUGCUUUCCUGGGACUUGGCACCGACAGUGUCCGAGUGGUCGAGGCAGAUGAGAGAGGGAAGAUGAUCCCUGAGGAUCUGGAGAGGCAGAUCAGUCUGGCCGAAGCUGAGGGUGCUGUGCCGUUCCUGGUCAUUGCCACCUCUGGGACUACUGUUCUGGGGGCCUUUGAUCCCCUGGAAGCAAUUGCCGACGUGUGCCAGCGUCGCGGACUGUGGCUGCACGUGGACGCCGCCUGGGGUGGAAGCGUCCUGCUGUCACAGACACAUAGACAUCUUCUGGAUGGGAUCCAGAGGGCUGACUCCGUGGCCUGGAACCCCCACAAGCUCCUCGUAGCAGGCCUGCAGUGCUCAGCUCUUCUCCUCCGUGACACCACGAACCUGCUCAAGCGCUGCCACGGGUCGCAGGCCAGCUACCUCUUCCAGCAGGACAAGUUCUACGACGUGGCCCUGGACACGGGAGACAAGGUGGUGCAGUGUGGCCGCCGGGUGGACUGUCUGAAGUUGUGGCUCAUGUGGAAGGCACAGGGCGGGCAGGGGCUGGAGCGGCGUGUCAACCAGGCCUUUGCCCUUGCCCGAUACCUGGUGGAGGAGAUGAAGAAGCGGGAAGGAUUUGAGUUGGUCAUGGAGCCGGAGUUUGUCAACGUGUGUUUCUGGUUUGUGCCUCCCAGCCUGCGGGGCAAGCAGGAGAGUCUGGAUUACAACGAAAGGCUGGCUAAGGUAGCCCCAGCCCUCAAGGAGCGCAUGGUGAAGGAGGGCUCCAUGAUGAUCAGCUACCAGCCCCACGGGACCCGGGGCAACUUUUUCCGCCUGAUCGUGGCCAACCCGGCCCUGACCCAGGCCGACAUGGACUUCCUCCUCAAUGAGCUGGAACGGCUCGGCCAGGACCUCUGA